UCAUGACACACCGGACACAGCUGUACGAGGAACUGAGCAGUGACUUGAGCCGCCUGCGACCUGCUCACGUUUGGAUGCAGCAGUUUGUAAGAGGAGGAUAAUUCACACAAAAACUUCAUUCAAGUUCUUUUUCAACAGUUUUUAGUCAGAGGAGGAAGUGAGAAGAUGGACUCUGACAGUCCUGACAGUCCUGUGUCCAGGGUGGAGAGGACAUUCUGGACAGUCUGGAACUAUAUAACUGGAGCUGUGAACAGAUUCUUCAGGCCUGAGCUCAGUGACCAGUCAUCAGCAGUUCACAGUGGUCACUCAGAAAGUGACCCAGAUGGACAGGAGGUCAGUGAGCAUCCUCCCGUCUCCACGGCCUCCCUGCUCACUUCAUCACAACCAGGUGUCGUGUGGGAACGUGGCACCACUGAAAUCGAUUUAGGGCCUGAGGAGGAGAGCGCUCGGCUGAGCGGAGGCACUGAGAGCAAAGCACCAACGGAAGGUGAGGCCAAGAGAGAGGAGGAGAUUGGCCCAACAGGAAACGAUGAUGCAGGGCAGCUCGUUUGCAAAAGCACAAGAGAUCAAAAAGACAAAGAAGUGGACAACAGAGAGGGCAAAGUGGACACUUACAGACAAAGGCAGACACCAGACAAUGAUGAGGAUGAAGAAGAUGAAUAUCUUACAGAACGUGGAAUGAAUGAAGACUUGGAAGUUGGAAGAAUGGCCAGUGAAGGGGAGGAGUCACAGAGGGCAAUGACACCGGAGGAUCAGCAACUAGUGAGGAAAACUGGGAGAGAUCUCCGGGAAACGGAGGAAAUGUUCCAUGUAGCUGAGCAACACUUGAAGGCAGAGGAGGCCGAGAUGACGGAUCAGAAUCCAGAACAUGAGCAUUACAUGCACAUAGAAGAGGUGCAGCAGACGAUGGCACGAACAGACGUAGAAAACGGUGAUGACGUGUCACGGCUGCUAUCAGAAAAUGAAAAUGGUGACCAUGAGAUGGAAAAGCAAUUUGAAACUCAGUGUUUAGUCUGUGAGGAGCUCUCAGAGGACGAGGCAGACUCAGGCCUUUCCUCUCCCAACAGAGAACUCAGUAUGACCAUCAGAAAAGGCAGCAAUGUAUCAGAAGACGGUGAACAUGAAGACGUCAUGACUGACAGCAGUCAGGAGGAGACACUAGAUGAUCAGCAAAAAGUGAGUGAUGUGAACGAAGACAUGCUUAGUGGUGAGAUGAAAUGCUGCUUGAUGUCUGAUCUGAGUCCAACAGAGGUGCAGACGGCUGCGUCGGACACAGAAGAAGAAGACACUGAUGCUGUGUCACGGCUGGUCUCAGAAAACAAACACAGCAACGACGAAGAGGAGAAACAAACAGAAAACCAGCAUUUAGUCUGUGAGGAGCUCUCUGAGGGACACACAUAUGACAAGGCAGGCUCUGUUGGACAUGAAGACGUGAUGGAUGACAGGAGUGAAAGUGAUGACGUUGAGGAGGAGGAGCAAAAAGUGAGUGAAUCUAUGAGAAAGAUCCAAGUGAAGGAAGAAAUCCUCAGUGAUGAGCAAGUUUUGGAAGAUAGAGAGAUAACAAUGUGGCAAAUGACUGAUCUGAGUCCAGCAGAGGAGCAUAACAUGCACAUAGAAGAGAUGCAGACGACUGUGGCAGAAACAGAAGUAAAAGCAGAAGUCUCAGAAAAUGAGUUGGAUCAUGAUGAGGCUGCAGGCAAUCAGACAACAAACGUACAGCAAGAGCAGGAAGAGGACAUCAAAUUAGCUGAAGUAAACAACCGAGACUUGGUUACUAAACAUGUUGAAGGCGAUGAAGAAGUUCAGCAAAGGGCGGAAAAAGAGGAUGUGGCUAAGGACCAUGAAAUGCAAACCACAACAAGAGAGACCAACACAGUGACUGAGGAAAAAUAUGUGACAGAUAUUUCAGUAGAAGGGAGACUUUUUGUCAAAGAUGAAGAAGAGGAAGAAGAUGGGAUAGUGUCCAGUGAAAGUGGUGUGGACACAGCAUGUGGAAUCCCCUCAGGUACAAUGAAAUCCAAGGGCGAGACUGGACAGGAAAUAUGCAAAGAGUUCAAAAACACUCCCUUGGGGAUCUAUGAAGGCCAGGAGCUAAGUUCUCCAACGUGUGAGGAAACACAAGAGGGAGUUCCUGAGUACAACAAUGAGCCUGGGCCAGAUGAAAAUACAACACAAUGGUUCCUGGAAGAAGGAGAUUACAAGGAAACUCGUGCCACCCUGUUACCAGAAGAGGUGGAGAGUGCACAGCCUGAGAGCCUUCAAAACAGUGGCUCUGGGGGAGACUUCUCACAUAAGGAGGAACAAGGAAGCACUGCAGAGGAGCAGCGGAUUGUUGAACCAGUGGAAGGACCAGGAGACCUUUCUGAGGAAGACGAAGUAAGACUGGUACAGAACUUAAAGACAACAUGGACAGAACACUCAGAAGAGGCAUUUGGGACUGACCGGAUAGAAACAGAGCUGCAAGGUAGGACUGGAGAGCUGCUGGGUGACUCUGAAUCUGACGACGGGGUAAGUGAGAUCAGAAAUGCUGCUGAAGAUGGCCAGAAGUCAACAGGAGCUGUAGCAGCUGUUGAUGUGCUGGUCAGCUUCACGGACACAUCUUUAAAACUCCUUGAGUCUGAAAGAGAGAAGAUGACAGAAACAAGCUUCUCACAAGAGUCAGGAGCUGCCAUCGGCUCUGAGUACGAGAGCAGCAAGUUAGAAGACUCUGCAGGACUUGGAGUCUUGAAACGGGCUGAUACGACCGAGCGGAACUUGCCUUCAGGGACAGGUAUGGAGGAAGCAGGAGCUGAGGCUGCGGAGAAUGAAAGUUUAAGUCUAGAUGUUGCACCUACCACGCUGGAGACAAAACAACAAGCAUCACAUGAAGGAUUUGAGAUGAUAACAGACAUGGGAGAAGCAGAGGAUUUCCUUUCAACCAGGAGCAAACCAAAGGUUUGGACAGAAGCAGAGCAGAGUCAUGCUGGAAGAAGAUGUCAGGAUUUUAUUGAUGAAGAAAUCCUUGACUUGUGGAUGGAGGCAGCAUCGUAUCAGGACGAACAAGCACAUGUUAAUGUAGAGACAUCGCAGACAGAGGAGGAGAACGAGAAGCUUUUGGAGUUGAUUUCAGAAACAUCUGUGAAUGACACAGAAACAUGUUUAUCUACUACUGAAUCUGGAUUAUUGGACCAGUCUGUCAGUGAACAGGAAAGAGACCUCAGAGAAACAAGCAGUGGGGCCUUUCAAAUCUAUAAUGACAAGAUGUUUACUGAGUUAUUGACACAACAACCUAACUAUAAAUCUCAGGAAGCAACAGAGAGAGGACAAUCACAUCUGACUGAGAAGGAAUCCAUUUCUGAGACAGGGUUUCACUCUGAGACAGGGUUUCACUCUGAGACAGGGUUUCACUCUGAUUCAGGACUUCAAUCAUCAGAGGCUGGAUAUAAAUCUCAAGAGAAAAUGGGUCAGGAAGGAGAUGUACGGUCAUCAGUGCAGACAGAGGAGGAGAAAGAGAAGCUUGAAGAUUUUAUUACAGGAGAAUCUGGAUUAGUGAGGGUCACAGGGAUGUUCUCCUCUACAGCAGAGUCUGGAUUAUUGGACCAGUCUGUCAGUGAACGGGAAAGAGACCUCAGAGAAACAAGCAGUGGGGCAUUUCAAAUCCAUAAUGACAUGUUGUUUACUGAGUUGUUUAUGCCACAACCGAACUAUGAAUCUCAGGAAGCAACAGAGACAGCACAAUCGGCCACGACCAGAGGACCAGAAGACCACGACCAGAGGCCAGAGGAGAUAAUGUUUCACAUGGAUUCAGGACUUCAAUCCUCAGAAGAUGGAUAUAAGGAAGGAGAUAUACAGUCAUCAGUGCAGACAGAGGAGGAGAAAGAGAAGCUUGAAGAGUUGAUUUCAGGAGAAUCUGGAUUAGUGAGUGUCAUGGGAAUGUCCUCAUCUACAGCAGAGUCUGGAUUAUUGGACCGUCCAGUCAGAGAUACUAGCGCUCAGUCAUUUCCAGGCUCGAAUGACAUGUUGGCUGCUGAAAUAUCUACACAGGAGCUUAACUUUGACUCUCAAGAAGCAACAGAGAAAGGACAAUCAGUUACGACAGAGAAUGAAACAGAGUGCAGAAUUAGAGCACCAGAGGCUGGACUUCAGGAAUCAGAUCACUCUCAACAGAGACAAGGUGAGGAAGGAGAAGAAUCUGCUGAGUCUGAAACGGGAUCACAGAAAGGGAUGAGUGCUGACGACACUGAUGAGGAAAAAACUAAAGGUGAAGAUGCAUUUCUUGAGGCGACCGUAUCGGACUCCUCUGAUGAAAUCAAACAUCCUCAGUCUAGAAGUGAAUCAGACGCUUCAAUCCAAGAAGAAACCAUGUUGACAGGAUCACAAAAUGACAGCGGUACUGAAGGUGAAGAAGAGUUCAUGCUUUCUUCACUGAACACACCACAGGCCACGACAUGGUCAGAGGACACGUAUGACACAUUACCUAAACUCAUCAGGCCUGAGACUGCAGAAGAGCCAGCAACACAUCCUGAUCUUCCGAUUGAGAUGAAUGUGACUGUGCUGGACUUCACUGCACAAAAGUCAAGAAUCGCUGUUAAAAACCCUAAUGUCAGACCACCCCAAAACCCCCGCUCUCUGCUGCACAUGCCCUCAGAGGAUACCACACCCACCACACACCCGCCAGUCAAAGCUCCAGUGGGGGUGUCUUUUGGAGGUGUGGGCAUGGGAAUAAAACUACCAGGCCUUGGUGCAGGUUUUCCUGUUUUAAAAAAGACACGUGUGGUGGCAGAGGACAAAAGCUCAGAGGAAUCUGAGACAAAGCCAGAGGAGAAGAGUGACUCACCCAAACACAGACCCAGAUGGAUGCCACCAACACAUCAAGGAUUUGGAAAUCCAUUAAUGUCUGAGCUGAAGACCAAACUGAGGAAAACCACAGAAGAGUGACAGUGUUUAACUGUAAUGCUGCAUGCUGUGUGUAUUUGAAUAGAAAUGGCAAAUGGCUUUAUUUAGUGUGUAUUUAUGUAAGUGGAGACAAUGAUGGUAAUAAAGAUGAACUGGGAUCUCA